AUAGAGUUAGGCGAAAAGAAAAAUCGAAAAAUAGGCGCAUUUCGCAAAUCAAAGAAAAAAUGACACAAUUUGACCUCCAACCCAAUACCUUGUAGCAGUCGACCCGACGCGUGCGUGCGGCCCGUUUUUCUCACCGAGUCAGGGUUAAAGUGAGUCAACCCGCGGGUCGACCCGCGGGUUGACAACCUUGCAAGCCACCUUAUGAAUAUUUAUGAUGGAGUCGUAAUCUGGCAACUGGCAGCCGUAAUAAUAAGCCGCUGAAACAUGCAAUUAAUUAGUAGUCGCCAUAAACCCUACGUACGUGUAUCAUAAUUCAUAGCAUUAAUUCGAGUCCCCAUCAUCAUCAACCGUGUAGCCAAUAAUUAGCCAAACUAGUACUCGAUCAACCACUUGUCCUUGUGUACUUAGCAUUAAUCAAGAUUAAAUAGCACAAGACAUAAUCCAAGUCUUAUUUUUGGAUGCCGCGGCUGCCGUGACAACUAGAAUCACUCAACUUCAUUACGGUGUUACGGUGUGUUCUGACAUUUAUCGUCGGAUAUAAAUUGACCAACAGACUGCACCUUUGUACCAAAUACUUACGUAAAAUGAAAGGAACGAAGUAGCUCGACUAAAAGAAUGAGCAGAGAGGAACGAAGCAAAUGAGGUCCGCGGCUCUAUGAGCUCCUGGGCAAAAAUAGGGUUUUCCAAAACUUGGUGGAAAUGGGCAAUUUGAUUAGCCCUCCAAUCAUCCUUUUGCUUAAUUUAUCGAUCUCCGCUUCGUUUCUUAUAGCCUGCAAUUCUCUAUUCAUGUGUUGGAUCUCCUUUCGUGAUGAUGGUUCUUUCUCGAUCACUUUGAAUGUUAUCAUUGACCUCCUCAAGAACUCUAUGAUGGUUUCAUUAGGAGGCUCGCGUAAUUUGUUACGUCGGCUCCAAAAGGACAUAUUGUGCUUUGACACAAAAAAAAACCCUCUGAAUUCUCACGAAAUCAGCAACCUCAUAGAUCUGGGCAUCCAUCCGUCCACUAUCAACCGUUCAUCCUACAUAAAUACCACACGAUGUCACCUAAAUGUUCUAUAUCGGUUGCAUGUUUGACCACUUAAUUAUCUCUCAACUAUAGUAAAGUUAACGCCUAGCUAGCUAAACCACUUGAUGAAUCCACCUUUUUUUUUUCUUCCUGCAUAGAAUUAUUUCUUCCUCCUGAACAACCAACAAGUGAAGUAGAGAGAGCUAGCUAGAGAGCGAGUUAGGUAUUGGACCGACCCAUAAAGUAGGGACAUCCAGGGUCAUUGAUGUCCACCAUUCAUUCUGCACACCCUUCUCUUCUCUCUCUCUCUCUAUCCAGAUAUUGUUUUUGUGUUUUUGUUCAUAACAAUAACUAGCUAGGGCAUAUAUAAAAGAAAAGCUAGCAAAGAGACAGAGAGAGAGAGAAGAAGAAGAAAAAAAGCAAGCAAGCUUAGCAAAGAAACAAAGAAACCACUGUUCUCUUCACCCAGCCAGCUCCCAUUUUACCUUCCCACCCCAACCUUUUCCCCACACUCAUCAUAUGGCAGACCCUAAUUACUCCUCUUUCUCCUCAUCCUCCUCCCACCCUUCACAAUUCUACCCAAGCAACUACUGCCAGCAGCAGCUGGACAACCAAUUUCAUCAUCAUCUGCAGCAAUCUUACCAGCAGCAUAACUAUUACUACUAUUUGCAACCUCCUCCUCCUCCUCCUCCUCUUCUUGCUCUAGAUCUUAACAACGACCCUUCUUCUUCACCAUCAUCGCCUCCAUCGAAGCAAGCGUUUCCCUUUCUCAGCAUCUCCCCUUCUCCACAUCACCACCAACAAGAUGAUGUUGAUGAUGGAGAUCAUGAAUACGAUGAUGAAGAAGAAGAAAGUGGUGAAGUGAGCGUGGCGCUGCGGAUAGGUCUACCCGCCACCAGCCAUAGUUCCGCAGACGCGGCCGAUAAAUCUGUCCUUCUUCACUCUUGUUCGUUUUCUUCUUCUACAUCAUCUUCCACCUCCGACGGCAGCAAUGAUGAUAAGAAGAUGAUGAUGAUGAUGAAGGGGAGCGAUUACUGGAUCCCGACACCGACCCAGAUCCUGUUAGGCCCGACUCAGUUCACUUGCCCUCUUUGCUUCAAAUCCUUCAACCGUUACAACAACAUGCAGAUGCACAUGUGGGGCCAUGGAUCCGAGUACAGAAAGGGACCCGAAUCACUUCGAGGAACACAACCCACAGGGAUGCUCAGACUUCCCUGCUACUGCUGCUCUCCGGGUUGCAAGAACAACAUCGACCACCCAAGGGCCAAACCCUUGAAGGACUUCCGGACGCUACAGACGCACUACAAGCGGAAGCACGGCGUCAAGCCCUUCGUCUGCAGGAAGUGCUGCGGCAAGACGUUCGCCGUGCGAGGCGACUGGCGGACCCACGAGAAGAACUGCGGCAGCCUCUGGUACUGCCUCUGCGGCUCCGACUUCAAGCACAAGCGGUCGUUGAAAGACCACAUCAGGGCAUUUGGUGACGGCCACGCCGCCGUUGGUCCGGUGGAUCGUAUCGAUGCGCCGCCGUUUUGAUGAUCGACGAUGAUGAUGCAUGCUCUUUUUUUUCUCUUCUGCUGGAGUGGUCACGUACGUGCAAAUGCAAUGGUACAUUUUUUUUCCUUCUUUCUCCUGCCUAGUAGAAGUAAAUGAUGCUUAAUUAAUUAAUUAAUUAAGUAGUUCAGGCAAUAGCAGGAUGCCACGUACACAAAGCCAUUUUACAAGGAAGAAACAUGCAUGGAGGAGAUGAGCUACGAGAUUAGUAUAUAUAUGUUGGUAUUAUUCCAUGCAUUUUGGUUAAUUAUAACUUUUUAUUUUGUUGGAACGAUUAAUUGCUGAUUCCUUUUUCUUGCGACUGGACUCUUAUAUAACUUAUAAUUACCAUGCAUGUGUGCUAAUUAAGUUUCGGAAUGUUUUGGUCCUGUGUAAUUGGGGUGACUUGUAUAUAUUUCAUUAUUUUGACAGUUUUAAUGUUAAAGGUUAUAAGCUGGUGGAAGUAAAUAUGGGGAUAUUUUCAUUUAUUUUGAUGAGCAUGGUAACUAGAUUUUUGUUUUUUGUUGACCACUAGAUUCAAACCGAGGGUGUGGUAGAUGUUCUCGUCUAUACAUUACUAAUAUGUCAACUUCUUGAGAUUCAUGCUAACUGAUAUCCACAGUAACAUUUUAUAAUAAGCUUUUAUGUUGAAAACUUUAUCGUUGUUUUUAUUUUAAGAAGUGAAAAUCGCAUUUUAAGACUUAAAAUGUUAAAACUUUUACACUUUGAGAUUACCAAAACGCUUCUACGUAAAACCGCACUUUUCACUUACAAGUGUACUCAAAAUCUAAGUUUUAAAAACUUAAGAGAUUACAUUUUUAUACUUCUAGGUCGUCACAACGCUUCUAUACGUACGUAGAAUCGCAAUUUUGAUUGCUUUGUUUCUAUUUGUAAAUAAGCACUUCAGAUAUGGAUUGGAGCAAUAUCUUAGAGAUACUAUCGGGUUGGUAGGAGAGGUUCAAUUAUGGACCUACACCGACAGACCAUGAAUAUCGGGUGACGUAUACCAAACCGGUAGGAACUUCAGUGGUAUGAAACGCUUGCAAUUAUUUAUUUUAAGAUCCCUAAUUAAACCUCUCUUAACAACUCGAGUUAUAUAUUGGGAUCAACUGGUUCGUGACAUGGUAUCAGAGUCUUUAAAGACCGAGAGGUAUUGUGGUUUGAAUUCCGACGACACCAUUUGUUAACCAUAUGAUAUUCCGAAAUUUACAAAUUUCAAGCCCAUACAGAGUAGCUUUUCGUUUGAGGGGGGACGUGUUAAUAAUGAAAGUAUCAUAGCACAAGUUUAGUACAAACAAUACCAUGCAUACCACUAAAAUUUUCACUAUAACCUUGGAUGCAAUUUCACAAUAUGUUCUACUCUUUGACAAUCACUAACUAGGGCCUAGUAAUUAACAAUAUUUAUGAAUAGGCUGCCCAGCAUUUUCCUUCCCGCAACAACUGAUCAGAGUCCUCCUACAUAUACAGAAGAAAAGGGCACAUAUCGACGAAGGCAUGUAAUAAGAAAAGGUAUAUGAUCUUGUGAAGAGGAGCUAGCCACCUAGCUAGGGCUGUGAUGAUGAUUGAUGAGUGAGAGCUAAUAAAUGGCAGAGAGACAAAAGGAAAUGGGCAAUCAAUCGAGAUAUAUUGGAUUGGAGGCAGACAGUAGUACAGAAAAGUGGGAUAAAGAAACCAAAGCGGAAGGCCAAAGGCCAACCAACAUCGAGUUUAGCACAUGAUCAUGACCAGGAUUCUUGUGGAGCCCUAACUAGUUAUAAGUAAAGACUGAACAUAUAAGAUAGAGCACCAAUUGGUAUAAAGCUAUGCUCUGGUGGGAGAUCUAAGAAAAAAGCCUCAGGGAUUUUCUUAGUUCAGGAAUUGUAGGUGGUUUGGUUGCGAUUGUUAAAUAAAUGUAUUGUUGAGAAUGCAUGUAUAAUAUUAUACAUGUAUUGUCGAAUUUGAUGCAUUGUAGAAUACAACGUUUGGUAUGUG